UUACUCUUUUGUCAUAGAGGUAAAAUUAUGCAUGUAAACAAAAGUAGAUAGACAACCGCCCGGACAAGAUCCAGUAGCGUGGCGUGCAAAAGCCUGUGCAAUUGAAAUCGUGAUCUAUUUUCCAGACAUGAUUGAUCAUGAAUUGAUAUUGUAAUGAGACAACUAGGAUUUCUUCCUGACGAACCGGCCUACACUUCAAGUAGAACUAACAGAAUAAAAGAUGGCUGCGUCCACCACAAAACACAUGACAAGAAAACCAAGCGGAGGGGAAGAAUUUAAUCACAGAGUGUUUAAAGCAAACAAAGUGUCCCAUUUUAUUGAGUCAUACCCACAAUAUUUAUUAAAGAGACUCUCUCUACUGUGGAAGGAAGAAUUAUACUGCGAUAUCAGUAUCAUCGCCAACGGCAAAUCGUUCAGUGCCCACCGACAUAUUUUAGCAGCCUCCAGUUCAUUCUUUAAAGCCAUGUUCACAUCAGGCAUGGUGGAAGGCAGUCAGAAAGAAAUUUAUUUACACGACAUUGAUGAAGAUAUUAUACAAGAACUGUUGUCUUUUAUUUAUACUGGUGUAAUAGAGAUAACACUAGAGAACGUACAAGAUUUAUUAUCAUCAUCAGACAUGUUGGGUUUAGUGGAUGUAACAGAAGCUUGUGGUCAAUUCUUACAACAACAUUUAAACACAGAAAACUGUAUUGGAAUUUAUCUAUUUUGUGAUGCCCAUUCCUGCCAAGAUGUAAAACAAGCUGCAGAAUUAUAUAUCCAGAAACAUUUCCUUCAGGUGUCAAAAACGGAGGAAUUUUUACAGCUGCCAAAAGACGAACUGAUACAUUUUUUAUCUAGUGAAAACUUACGUCUUGAGAAUGAAAUUCAGGCCUUCAAUGCCGCAAUUGUUUGGAUCAACCACGAUUUGAUUUCCAGACGUAAAGAAAUAUUUGAUGUCAUGAAGCCAAUAAGAUUUCCAAUUAUUCACGAAAAACAUUUGGAGAAAUUUCAAGAAGAAUGUACCGACAUAAGCCUAAAAAUUGCUGUGCAUAAAAUAAUUCAGGAUUACAAAAUGACUCGCAAAUUGUGCCUCGAACUUCAGUUAAGUCGAAUAGAUCCCACCAUGCUUCAACCCCGUUUAUGUGCCCGAAAAAAUAUUUACGUUAUCGGAGGCUACAGUCGAAAACGGGGAGAUAGAUGGAGUGACAUGCAUACGCUAAAAUCCGUUGAGCGAUUCGACACAUUUCAUAAACAGUGGCAUAAGCUUCCGAACAUGAAGAAACCACGCAGUGGGCUUGGUGCUGCCGUCUUGUGUGGAAAAAUUUACAUCGUUGGCGGGGAAAACGAUUCCUUGAUUCACGAUUGUGUAGAAAUGUUUGAUCCAGACGAUGGAAAAUGGAUGGAACUAGGAAAUAUGACAGAUCCCCGUUGCGGUCUGAAUGUUUGUGCAUUUAACAAUUGUAUUUAUGCGUUUGGUGGGUGGGUGGGGUCUGUGAUAGGAGAUACAGUUGAGAAGUAUACAGCGGAGAUAGAUGCCUGGUGUAUUGUGGGUACAAUGCCAACACCCAGGUUUGGAAUGGCGUUGGUAGAGACACAAGGAUUGAUUUAUGUAAUAGGAGGACUGAGUGAGAUGGGAACGGAAUUAAAAUUUAUUGAUAGUUUUAAUCCAGUGACAAAGGAGUGGGUUCGACUUACCAACAUGCCAGCUAGGAAAGCGUAUAUAGGAGCAGCAGCAAUAGAUGAUUUGAUAUAUGUAGUGGGUGGAUGGAAUGAACAUGAAGGGCCUUUAAACACCGUCCAUAAAUACAAUAUCAUAACAGAUGAAUGGAGUGAUGUAUCGUGUUUAUCAAUGAGAAGAGCGGGACCAUCUGUUAUCAGUGUGGAUGGUUUGUUAUACGUUAUCGGGGGUCGAUAUUACUCAGAUCUCUAUACAGCACCAGUAACCACGGAUAGCGUGGAAUGUUACGAUCCAAACACCGAUAAAUGGACGGAGUUUCCCCCCAUGUUUAACAGUCGAUGUGAAGCUGGUGUCGUUGUUUUAUGACAUAAACAGGAAACUGGUGUCACAGUUUGACCCGAUACCUGGUUUGAAUUGGUACCUGGUUUGACCUGUAACCUAGUUUAGCUUGGUACCUGGUUUGACAGGGUUACCUGGUUUGACAGGGUACCUGGUUUAACUCAGUUCCUGGGUUGACUCGGUACCUGGUUUGACUCGGUACUUCGUUUGACUCUGUUCCUGGUUUGACUUGGUACCUGGUUUGACUCGGUACUUUGUUUGAAUCAAUACCUGGUUUGUCUCGGUACUUGGUUUGACUCUGUUCCUGAUUUGAAUUGGUAUUUUGUUUGAAUCAAUACCUGGUUUGACUCGGUACUUGGUUUGACUCGGUACCUGGUUGAUUCGGCACUUUGUUUGAAUCAAUACCUGGUUUGCCUCGAUAUCUGUGUUGGCAUACAACAGGGUUUAAAUGGAUACCGGUUUGACUCGAUACCUCUUGUCUACGAUAUCACCCUUGGUGGAAGUGGACGUAAAACUCCAGGAACGAAUGAACUCGAUACCUAAUUUAACUGAGUACCUUGUACGACUUGAUGCCUGCUUUGAUGCCUGCUUUGUCUCUAGGUAUAUUGUUGUAGUGAUAAUAAAUAAAAGUGAACAUAGCACUAGCAUAAAAUAUAUUUAAUAAUUUUACUAAAUAAGUUUUAUAACAAGGGAUCAUGUUAAUGUUGUCAGAAAUAUAAAUCUGCAUUUCCUUAUUUUUGCAACUGGCACCCUGAAACAGCAGGAUAAAUCAAAUCAUGAUUGUUCUGAAAUUGGUACUGGUACCAUGAAAACUGUGAAAAAAAUAUUUAUGUAAAAGAUAUUAAGUUUCUUUGGAGUCGCAAAGACAAAUUGAGUUCCAUUGCAGGCACCCCAGUUUCCUAGUCAAACUGGGUUUCAAGGCAUUCCAGUUUCCUAGUCAAACUGGGUUUCAAGGCACCCCAGUUUCCUGGUCAAACUGUUUUUCAACUUGAAACUUUCAAGACACCCCAGUUUCCUGGUCAAAACAUAUUACUGUAAGAAAACUUGUUUCGGGGCAUUAAUUAACUCUUUUUUUUAAGUUGACUGUUGUUUUACAUUUAACAUGAAAUAGAAUUGCAAAUAUUGCCAUGAAAUAACGCCAUUGAGGCACUGGACCUUCUGUGGUAUUGUUGUACAUUAAAAUCACCUGGCACUAUCAAGGUUUUUCCUGCCCAGUAAACAAUUACACCUGUCUAGACUGGAAGACAAGGAUAAUGUGAGGUAUUGAGACUGGAAGACAAGGAUAAUGUGACAUGAGACUGGAAGACAAGGAUAAUGUGACCUAUUGAUAUCUUAUAUAUUUUAUGUGCACAUAUUUAGUGAAUGGAUUCCUACUCAGCAAUAUAUGCCGGUCUUGACCACUUAUUUUAAAUUUCUUAGAACCAAUCGGUCAAUGUAUAUCCAGUAAAACGAACAUAUUUUCCAAAACUUCAUUUCAAACAUGGCCACGAUUGACCUCUGUUGCGCCACUGUAAAAUAUAAGGGCCUCUACAGAUUGUUGAAAAGCUGGGUCCAGCCUAUUUUGUGGCUUUCUCUGGCAAGUUUCUUAGGAAACACUUGUCUAUGAUGUCACCCUUGGUGGAAGUGAACGUAAAACUACAGGAAUGAACGAACGAACAGAUUAGUGCAAACACAGAGAAGCCAAAAACAGGAAGUCAUAUCUAAUUUAUUUUAUUAUAUAUAAGUGCAGAUUAAAGGAGAGAGAUUUGUUUUUUUGUUGUUUUUUUUUUUUAGGGCUGUGGUAUUAAAUUUUUUUCGAUGUAAUCUCUUU